UCAUUGGUCAAUUUGAUCGCUGGGACGAACAUUGAGAAGACAUCCCCCGAUGCUGUGGGAUGUACGACUGGAACAAAUGUAUACGGCUUGGGCAAUUUGAUAAAUCGCCACCAGACGUUGAAAGUAAAGCUUAUCGAUACAGCUGGUCUGGAUGAGGGCACCGAAGGGACGGUCUCAGACAAGGAAGCUCGAAACAUUUUGAAGAAGCUUCUUCGAACUCUGACGGAGCAAGGCAACGUUCAUCUCAUCAUGUACUGUGUGCGGGGUGGGAAGAACAUUCAGAUACUCCGCCGGAACUACGAGUUAAUCUGUUCCCAAAUCAAGAGCAAAGUUCCAAUUGUCCUUGUCGUCACAUGUUUGGAAUUUUAUCGACCAGAGAUGGAAGACUGGUGGAAGGUCAAUGAAAAAACCAUCUCAGACCUCGGGAUGAUCUUUGCUGGCCACGCAUGUAUCACCACGGUGGAAAUGACAGAGCCUAUGUUUGUGGAGCGCCGCAACCGGUCAUACGAUGCUGUCUGCAACCUCAUCAAGCAGUGUCACCAAGGCACUAUUCAUGGGGUACCAAUGUACGUUAUAUUCCACACUUUGUAUAUCGUAUUUUCCUUACAUUGGAAGUAG